AUGGGGAAGCAGCGAGGCAGUGAGGAGAAGCUGAGUUACAUCGAGGCACUAAAUCGAUAUUCAAACAGCGUCCCGCCUGCAAGAAAUAAGCCCAUUAUCGAACCUAAUUGCUCUGAAACCACAGAUGCCAAUACGUUGGAUUUGGAUCUAACAAAAGAUAUAAUAAAAUUAGAUUCCACACUGCAGCGAUACGCACGAAAAAACAGACAAAAGUGCCUGGCAUGUAACAGAACAAUCACUGGGACUAAACACUUUACUUGUACAUCCUGCGGAACUAAUGCCCAUCUCGCCUGCUAUUACCCAGCUGACUCAAAACACAAAGACCCGGGGGACAAGCUUAAACCAGAAAAAUGCGCCAGCUGCUCUGAUAGUCGCGCUCUGUGCCUAUUGUGCCAUAUCCCCGGUGGAUUAGUCCAGAAAUCUAGACACUUUUACCACCCAGCAUGCCUACUCUUUGGACUAUCUCAUAACCCGCUGUUGCCAAUUGACCUGGACGAGCUGAUUGAGAAAAACGCAUCGGAAUACGAUGCUCAGCCCAAGCCCUAUGGCUCGACGGUAGGCAUAAACCAACGGGCAUGUAUAGCAUGCGGAAAAAAUGCCAGAUUAACUUUACAGUGCGGAUUCCCGCACUGCCCGUUCCAUAUACACCCACCCUGCGCCCUGAAAUAUAAUCUGGGUGCAAUAUGCGCUACUCUGGGGCAAAAUAAUUCAAAAAUACCCUGGAAAGCGCUAUUUUGUGCAGAACAUGCAAAUCCCGCAGAUAUAAAGAGCGCCGCUGCCUCCUUCUUGCGUUACCAACGCUUGAAGACGUUCCCAUGGCCAGGCAUGACCUGUACGUGCCUGUCGGCGAUGGCCCUCACCCUGCAGGUCCAUUCUUCCACUACCACGAGUCCCACGGCGCCCGCCGUAGCGAGGGGGGUCGGUGUGGCGGAUGUGCCGGGUAGACCCGUCUUCCAAAAUUUUCACCCCUUCGCGAAGGGUUCCUGGCAGAGGAUCGAAUUUCCGCGCCGAAUGCCUCUGGGACCGGCUGCCGCCCGCGCCUUGGCGCUCGAGCCGCAGAGCCACCACAAAAAGUGCCUGGAGGAGGCGCGCCUCCUGAUGCGGCUGCUCAAACCCACGCCGUUGCAGCCUCCGGACGUCAGGGGCGUGGAGAGGUGCCUAGAGCUUCUGAAGUACGCGCUCUGGUCUGGCCGCGGUUCCUUCCUCUGCAGAGACAACUGCUCGCGCGUCCUGGCCUUGGUCAGCGCGGCGAACCUGUCCAAUUCGUCCAAUUCCCUUCUGCUGCCCCAACACGCGCUCGUCGUGUUCACCCUCGUCCGCCACUCCCCGGCGUUCCGCAGCGGCGGGGACUACCUGGACAUGCUUAGGUCCCUCGCUACAGCUGCUGGUGGAGGGGAGUGCCCCUGUGCUAUUACCUAUCCCUACUUUGGCGAAGAUGGCCUUUCUGAACUGCAAGGGUCAUUGAACAAAUUGCGCUCUAUGCAGGCCCCCUGCGGGGAUCGCCUCUCCCUGGAAACCUACAUUCCCCUGUCCCAAUACGAGUUCGAGCUCGUCCUACGUGGCGUGGUAGAGCUAAGUCAGGACCCGCUCCAUCUCCGCCUUCUCACGACUGUCGCCCGGCCCUGCGUGGCCGGGCGACGCUUAGAGUGGCACGACGUCCUGCGUCUGCACGGGGUGUACAGACCCAGGGACGUCCCCCCUCCGUCCCCACCCCCGAGCGUCCCCCCGGGACAGCCCUUCGUGGACAUCGCGGGUUACCGCUGGGUGUUGCGGGAUAGUUCGCCCCCCUGUGGCGGCCCUUCGGAAGAAGCCUUUGUGGAGGAGCAGAUUGACGUGUACAAGGGCGCGCUGGCCUCUGUACACAAGAAGAUCUCCCAGCUUAAGUCCUCACUGCUAGACUCCAUACUUUCACAAAACUGUGAGCCCCUGCGUCUCUGCGAACUCCCUUCCUGCAAGUAUCUAUACCUAAUAGCUGACUCCAGUGACAAGUGGUCCUUAAUGAGUUCGAAUCUAAGGGAUAUGGUGCGGGAGGACGCGGAAAAAUGGGAUAGCGGGGGCACUGGUGCCAAUGGUACUGGGGCUGGCACUGCGUGCAGCGUCUGUUUUUACGAGGGGAAAACCAAUCUGAAUCCGCUGAUUACAUGCGUGCGCUGCGGAAUUGUUUUCCACAGGAGCUGCUACGGAGUAGGGCAGCCAUCGGGAGGCUCACUCUAUCCUAAUAGGGACUGGAAUUCAGGAGAACUCAUAUGCAAACGCUGCGAAGUUGAGAAGAAGGCCCUGGGGACUCAGUGGAUGGUGAACUUCACCCGCAACAGCGUGUUAUGCUCUGUUUGUUUCCGCGGAGGGGGGGCCUUCAAGACCACAACUGGGGGCCAAUGGAUCCAUGUUUUUUGUGGCCUUGCCCUUCUGCCAUCAUCUAGGCUUCUGGACCCCUUGCUGCUUGAGCCCUGGGAGCUGCCCCAGCAAAGGCCCGCAGUUGAUUAUACUAUCCAGUCUGGGGGGCAGAUAUGCCUUUGUGAGCCUUGUCGCGUGUGUGGGCUGCCCCUUGGAAUCACUAUUAGAUGUUCCUAUUCCACCCCUUGCAAUGGCUUGGAACCAGUGGUCUGUGAUGUGCUAUGCCACCCUAUGUGUGCAUGGCUACAGGGAUUCCGUUUUGAUAUACGUGCGGAUCCAGAUUGCGAUGCAGUCGCAGGCUCUCUACGUUCAUUAUUCCCUCCCUUCAGAUUGAGUUAUUUGUGUUGCAAACAUGAUCCAUCAUGGGACACCAAAGGUGCCUGUGAGUUUAGGAGGUCUAGGUAUAUUAAUCGGGACAUUGACCCAGCACACAAUGAGGCUAGGCGCAAGGGCCGAUUUAAAGGGUUCACCAGGCCACAGGCAGAAGCAAAGAAGGCCGACAUAGAGACGUCCACUGCUAGACUCUCUGUUCCAUCAUAUGAUUCUAAGACUUGUGCUGUCUGUUUCAACGUUUUGUCCAGGGAUUACGAAUCUGGGUUUCCCAUGGAUGAUGUAGUGGAUAAUUUGUCUUGGAUACGUUGUGGCGAAUGCCAUGUGGCUGUUCACCUUUGUUGCUAUAUGUUUGACAUUGCUGGUACAGUUGGAUUCACUGGGCGUUCCUUGCCAAAUGGUUUGGCCCCUUGGCCCACUCCAAUAAUGACGGGGCAUAGGGGACAGGCAUAUGAGAUAUUGCGGGAUUUGGGGCAGGGAUUGGCCGAAGAGAUGGGCAAGGUGCCUAAGCGUUGGGUUUGUGACAUGUGUACUUUUGGUUCCAGUGAGGAUGCGUAUUGUGCUAUUUGUGAGAGGAGGGGCUAUGGGUUGAAGGCAUGGGCAAAUUUUGGGUGCAAGACAGGCAAAGAUUUGAUGAUUUUUGUGCACGUGGUAUGCUUAAUUUGGCACGCGGAGUAUGCAGUUAGUUUGAUUAAGCAGUCCUACACAACUCAGGACGCGGGUGGAAACGGGCAGUCCUGUGCUAUUUGUUCAUCGCAUAGGGGCGUUUUUCUUGCUUGUUCUAAGCCUGGGUGUAGUGUUAAAUUUCACGCCAGUUGUGCCUAUCAGGUUGGGUUGGUUUUGCACAAAAGGGGUCUAAGGGUGAAGCGUCGUCGUCGUCCCGGCCCCGCGGCCAAGGCUGGGCCUGGCCGGGGGCUUAAGGAAGGCGAGGAUGAGAUGGAGGCCGAGUCAGACGGCCUGCCUGAGCUAUUUUCCAGCGAUUAUUUGCACAUGGAGGAGGAUGAGGGCAUAGCGGCAGAGGAUUCACGUUAUUUGGCUCCUCAGCGUUCACAGUAUCGUUAUUUCCAGUCGGAAGUGUCCCUCUGUCCCUGCCAUUCAGAGGUCGCUAGUCGUUUUGCGUCGUCUAUUUUUUUGUUUUUCAGGCUCAAGGAAAGCCUGGGACUGACAGUUCAAUUGGCUAAGGAUUUAAGAAGUAGGGAAAUCAUGAAGCGGGCAUGGAUAAGAAAGAGGAAACAACUUCUUAACGCAGCUUUUCCUCUUCUUCAGUCUUUUCAGUCCGUUCCCUGA